GUUGAGUAAAAAUUGACGUGUGCUUAUGAUUUGUUUCCCUUUUGGAUUUAAUUGUUUGAUUACUUGUUUUUUUAUCUAAAUCAAAUUAAUUUAUUAUUUAAAUUAUCAACCAUGGAUAAAGUAUUAGAUGGAUUAGGGUUAAGUGAUAUAAGGCGAAUGACCGCUCGCCAGAUUUAUUAUCAAUUUUUAAAUUUUGGAAUGAUCGUCUCAUCCGCUUUGAUGAUAUGGAAAGGUUUAAUGGUUGUCACAGGAAGUGAAAGUCCAAUUGUUGUUGUUCUCAGUGGUUCCAUGGAGCCAGCAUUCCAUCGGGGUGAUUUACUAUUUUUGACAAACUACCGAGAAGAUCCUAUUAAAGUGGGUGAUAUUGUCGUAUUUCGAGUUGAGGGUAGAGAGAUACCCAUUGUCCAUAGGGUGUUAAAAUUACAUGAAAAAGAGGAUGGAUCAGUGAAAAUAUUGACCAAAGGUGAUAACAAUUCAAUUGAUGAUCGUGGUCUUUACGCUCCAGGUCAACUUUGGCUUCAAAAGAAGGAUAUUGUUGGCACGAGGGGAUUCGUUCCUUAUGUUGGUAUUGUGACAAUUUUAAUGAACGAUUAUCCUAAAUUUAAAUACAUGGUACUGGGAUGUUUAGGUAUAUUCGUUCUUGUUCACAGGGAUUAAUUCUCAUGAAGGAAAACAAUUAUUCAACAAACCCAAUCAAUUAAUCAGAAGUCUUCAUUUGAUAAAAAUUUUUGAUUACUAAUUAUUAUUUCUCUCUCUUGCUCUCUCAAAUUUAAACAAAACAAAACGAAAAACACCAACAGUCAACAAAAAACGAUUAAAAUUUGAUUAUAAUAAUCAAUUUGCUAAUUUUAA